AGAUCAUAAUCGUAUAGUGUGCGUAAAUCCGUAGGUGCAACUGAGAAGGUCAACGUUGGUUAGCAGAGGAGAACAGGGACGGCCACAGAGGACUCCUACCAGGGCGCAGUGGUGUAGCGUCUUGGUGGUUGCGAUUGUAGCCUAUUUUUGGAUCCUUUAAUUCUGUAGUGUUUGCUAUUUCAAAAAUAAUGCAGCUAGAGAAUAUUCUUCCCAGCGCAUCAACCAUCAACUUACCCAAGACGUUUUACAACCUCACAUCAUCAGAUAGUGCAAAUAAUAGCCCGGGGCCAUCGCAGAUCGAAUAUCAAGUUGACCGGACAGAAUCCGAACCAAGGAACGGUCCUAAUAAAUAUUUGAGCGGAGUGGGGAACGCCAUGAUGGGUGAGGGAGAGGGCGACGCCUUCACUGGGACUAAAGCCACCCCAGACGGAAGAAAAGGCUCACCGAUGGUCGGUGAGGAUGACCUGUCCACUGGCCGGCGGUACAACAUAGAUGAACUUGGCUCUGACAGAUAUUUCAUCUCGUCCUCUCAGACGAGCUCCGAUAUGGCAAACCCGUGUUCCCUCUUUCCAUACGCAGGACAAACGGGGACAGUGUACAGCGGGUCAAAUGGAUCCAGGUAUUCCUCCCUUCAUUACGGAUCGGUCUUGCCACCGACGGGGUUUUCGUCCUCCGUGUGCACUAGCCGGAGUCAGUUUGGCAGCAGCUACCAGUUCGGCCAGGGUCCAGGAUGCCUGUAUCCCUCCUAUCCGGGAACGGGUUCAUGUAUUGGUUCCAUGGCUCUCCCGGGGUCCACACCGGGAGCGAGGGCUCAAGUUUAUCUCUGCAACCGUCCCCUGUGGCUCAAGUUUCACCGAUUCCAGACCGAGAUGAUCAUCACGAAACAGGGCAGGCGGAUGUUUCCAUUUCUCAGUUUCAACAUCACUGGACUGAACUUGACGGCGCAUUAUAAUGUGUUUGUUGAGGUUGUGUUGGCCGAUCCAAAUCACUGGCGAUUUCAAGGAGGAAAGUGGGUUACUUGUGGGAAAGCAGACAACAACAUGCAAGGGAACAAGAUGUAUGUUCAUCCUGAAUCCCCAAACACUGGCGCUCACUGGAUGAGGCAAGAGAUCUCCUUCGGCAAACUGAAGCUGACCAACAACAAAGGGGCAAACAAUAAUAAUACACAGAUGAUUGUCUUGCAGUCUCUUCAUAAAUACCAGCCUCGGCUCCACAUCGUGGAGGUCACAGAAGAGGGAGUGGAGGACGUAGGCAGUGAGGCUAAGACACAGACUUUUACCUUCCCGGAAAACCAGUUCAUCGCAGUCACUGCCUACCAGAAUACAGACAUCACACAGCUUAAAAUCGACCACAACCCCUUUGCUAAAGGCUUCAGAGACAACUAUGACUCGAUGUAUACAGCCCCAGAGGGUGACAGACUGACUCCCUCCCCGACAGCCUCCCCUCGCUCUCACCAGAUUGUGCCGGGUGCCCGCUAUGCCAUGCAGCCCUUCUUCCAGGACCAGUUUGUAAACAACCUGCCCCAGAACCGCUUCUACACCGGGGAGCGGGCUGUGCCCCAGACCAACAGUCUUCUCUCCCCCCAGGCCGAAGACGUCGGGGCCAGCUCGGCUCAGCGCUGGUUUGUCACCCCAGUCCAGCAGUCAGGCUCUAACAAGCUGGACCUGUCCUACGACCAGGACUACUCAGCCAGCAGUUUGCUGUCCUACGGCAUUAAGCCCCUGCCCCUCCAAACCUCCCACGCCCUCAGCUACUACCCCGACUCGGCUUUCGCCUCAAUGGCGGCCAGCUGGGGCACCAGAAGCACUUACCAGAGAAAGAUGACCACAGGCCUGCCCUGGUCCCCUCGGCCCAGCCCCCCAGCCUUCACAGACGACCAACUGGUUGCUAGCAAAGACAAGCUGCCCGAGGAGAGCACCGCAGCCUCCACCUGGAUCGAGACUUCCCACUCGCUGAAAUCUGUGGACUCUAACGAUUCGGGCGUAUACUCCAUGGUCUGCAAGAGACGCCGGAUGUCACCUGGUGGGUCGAGCACAGAGAACUCGCCCACCAUCAAGUGUGAGGACUUGACCACAGCGGAAGAGUUCAACAAAGACAACCCCAAAGGCAUGGGCUACUAUGCCUUCUACACAAGCCCCUAAAAAGACUGUAUUUAUUCAAAUCGUAUAAUUUGUUGUUUUUAAUUCAGUGCUCCCCUUUACCUUUUAAACACCCUUUAUUAACUUUUAUCUAAAAGGUGCCAAAGCUUCUUGCUCCCAAGCAAGCUGCACAAGCUCACCCCACAACCCCAUACCUGAACACACACAUGCAUUGUGACAAAUUGUUGUUUUUAAAACAUGUCCCCAGGUAAUUUUAUUUUUUACAAAUGUGAUUUUAUUUAAAGUAAUUUCGUUGUACAGUAUUUGUGCACUUUAGUAUGUGAUGUAUCUUGUACAAAUUGUCUUCAUGGAGGUGUUAUGAAAUGGGUAAUAAAAACAAUCUUUC